CCUUCUUCUCAUCUUACUUCCACGCAUUAAAGUGCUGUCUCUAUUUCUCUCUUUCUCCAUCUCCUCUCCUUUUUUAUAGACGUUGGACUUUCAUAUUUUCUGGGUUUUGGCUUCUUUCUUUGCUUUCAUAUUCAUAGUAGCAAUAGAAACAGGAAACUAGGACAAACCUAAUUCUUGUUUACUUCUCUUUGGUUCAAAUUACCUUAUUUUUGAGCAAGUGAAGAUAAAGGCAUUUGUUUCCUCAGUUAACUAUCCGGGACCAGAGAACUCAACUUGCUUUACUCUGGGACCAGAGGAGAGUGCUGCUUAUGGGGUUCUAAUAACAGUUUUUUUUUUUUUUGGUGAUUACAAGCAAAGCUGGCAGUUUGGGGAAUUGUAAAGAGUAAAUUAGGAACUGUAUGAAGUAGAAGUCCAACAAUGAGAGAUGGGAAACCCAAGAAAAGCAAGCUCUCAUGGUCCAAAAGAAUGGUCAGGAAAUGGUUCAAUAUCAAGAGCAAAACUGAGGACUUUCAAGCGGAUGAUCAUGUUUAUGGAGGAGGCGGUGAAGUGGAAUACAGGACUAGCUUCUCAGAAAGGGAGCCAUGCACAAUCAAAAAGAGUAAAACAGAAAAAUUUAGUAAGAAUACAGAGCAAAGCCAGCGAGGGAGAAUGAAUCUUGAUCACCCUCGAAUCAUAGAUGUCCAAAAUCAUAGCAUUUUUGUUGCCACAUGGAAUGUGGGUGGAAGAUCCCCACCUAGUAAUUUGAAUCUAGAAGAAUGGCUUCAUGCCUCACCUCCUGCAGAUAUAUAUGUCCUUGGGUUUCAAGAGAUAGUUCCUUUGAAUGCUGGGAAUAUUUUGGGGGCAGAAGACAAUGGUCCUGCCAAAAAAUGGUUGUCUCUCAUUAGAAAGACUCUAAAUAAUCUUCCGGGAACCAGUGGAGGAGGGGGCUGCUAUACACCAUCUCCUGUUCCUCAGCCCAUUGUUGAGAUAAAUGCUGAUUUCGAGGGGUCAUCUAGGCAGAAGAAUUCAUCUUUUUUUCAUCGUCGAUCAUUUCAGACUACCAACAGCUGGAGAAUGGACACUGACCCCUCAAUUUCACAACCACGACUUGACAGGCGGUUCAGUGUUUGUGAUCGGGUAAUAUUUGGUCAUAGACCAAGUGACUAUGACUCCAGUUAUAGAUGGGGUAAUAGGCCUAGUGAUUACUCCCGGCCAAGUGAUUACUCCAGGCCUAGUGAUUACUCCAGAUGGGGUUCUUCGGAUGAUGAUAACGGGAUUGCAGAUUCACCAAGUACUGUAUUGUACUCACCAAUGUCCUAUGGUGGAUCAGCAUCCAACGAACAGGGAUAUAGGAUGCCUGGGCAUUCAAGGUACUGCUUAGUGGCUAGUAAGCAAAUGGUUGGUAUAUUUCUCACAAUUUGGGUGAGAAAUGAGUUGAGAGAUCAUGUUAAAAACAUGAAAGUAUCCUGCGUUGGCAGAGGAUUGAUGGGUUAUCUUGGAAAUAAGGGUUCUAUAUCUGUCAGUAUGUUGGUGCAUCAAACAAGUUUUUGUUUCAUUUGUACUCAUUUAACUUCGGGACAAAAGGAGGGAGAUGAGCUAAGAAGGAACUCUGAUGUCAUGGAGAUUCUUAAGAAGACGAGGUUUCCACGGAUUCAUAAUGCAACUGAUGAGAAGUCCCCUGAAACAAUCCUUGCGCAUGAUCGAAUAAUUUGGCUUGGGGAUUUGAAUUAUCGCAUUGCCCUCUCUUACCGGUCUGCCAAGGCACUUGUUGAGAUGCAGAACUGGAGAGCAUUAUUAGAAAAUGACCAGUUAAGGAUAGAGCAAAAAAGAGGGCGUGUUUUUGUGGGAUGGAAUGAAGGAAAGAUUUACUUCCCACCAACAUACAAGUAUUCAACUAAUUCAGACAGAUAUGCUGGGGAUGAUAUGCACCCAAAAGAGAAACGCCGAACUCCUGCUUGGUGUGACCGGAUACUGUGGUAUGGAGAAGGCCUCCAUCAAUUAUCUUAUGUCCGUGGGGAAUCUAGGUUCUCAGAUCACAGGCCAGUUUAUGGUAUAUUUUGGGCUGAGGUUGAGUCAAGCCAUGGCCGAUUGAAGAAAAGCAUGAGUUACUCUAGUUCAAGGAUUGAAGUAGAGGAGCUUUUGCCAUAUGCGCAUGGAUACACCGAGCUAAAUUUUUUCUAA